CUUGGAAACUCCUCACUUCUCUGUCUUUAUAGCUUUACUUUGAUCACAAGGCACAUGUUGAAACCCACAGACUUGAUUCUCAACCACCUAGUCAUAGCGAACAACUUGGUUCUUCUUUAUAAAGGAAUUCCUCAGAUAUUGGCGACAUUUGGGUUAAAAUCUUUUCUGGAUGAUGCUGGAUGUAAACUUGUCUUUUACUUACACCGAGUGGCCAGAGGGGUUUCCCUUACUACCACGUGCUUCCUCAGUGUUUUCCAGGCCAUUAAGCUCAACCCCAAUAUCCCAAAGUGGAUGGAACUCAAUAUUAGAUCCCAAAAGUACAUUGGCUUUUGCUGUUUCCUCUGCUGGAUCUUGCAUUUCCUAUUAAAUAUCUUUAUUGCUAUGAUUGUUACUGGACCAAGAAAAAGCAAAAACAUAAGUAUGGAGAAAGAUUAUGGGUUCUGUAAUUCACCUGUUCCAGACAGAUAUUUGGUCAUAUUACACGCGGUCUUGUUCUCCUUCACUGAUGUUGUGUGUGUGGCCCUCAUGGUCUGUGCCAGUGGCUCCAUGGUCUUUGUCCUGCACAGGCACAAAAAGCGAGUCCAACGCCUUCACAGUGGCAGCCUUACUCCCAGAUCUUCACAUGAGGUGAGAGCCACAAGCACCAUCCUGAUCCUCGUGAGCCUGUUUGUGUCUUUUUAUUCUCUCUCUUCCAUUCUGUCUUUUCUGGUAACCCUGAGUGUGAACCCAAGUAGCUGGCUCUUGGUCACCUCCAUGCUAACAACUUCAGGCUUCCCAACAUUCUGCCCCAUUUUGCUCCUUGCCAGGGACACCCGUGUGUUUCAGUUCUGUUCUGCCUGGGAGGCUGUACCGUUGGGCCUUCGCCUAGGAGGCGGGGCGUCAGCGCAUCCCCAAAGCCGGCUACUCGACAGGAACUACACUACCCAGAAGCCUCUGCGCUUCCUGCGAACGGGCGGCGUCAAGGCGGGACUUCCGUCAUCUUCUUCGCGGUGGACAUAUUGUCGGCGCUUUUGGGGCGUCGGGUGGGUUCCUAGUGGACAGAAGGCCCAGGAGCUGACGCUGUCUGUACUGCAGAAAGGCUUGGCCGUGGCGGCGCCCACGAAGGCCUCCGCUCCACCACCAACAGGUGACGGCCGUGCCGGGUCGCCACUUGGUACUGUCCACAGGCCGUGA